CAGGGACUGAAAACAAGGCCGCGACCAGCAUGACAGCAGACGACAUCAUCGCUGGGGAUCAAAAUCCAGAUCAACUGGUGCAGCUUCACGCCUGUUAGACAUGAUUAUUGUGGAUUGAUGUAAGCGGCCUUCCAAUUUUGUAAACAAACGGACAGACGCAGUUUCGAUACAGAGAAGACGGAUGCUGCUUUGUUUGUAAACAAAUAUGGACACACACGAAUUGUUUAUGAGCUGUAGACGCGGAGAUUUACAGAAAUUGAAGUACCUGGUUGAACAGAAGGAAGUGGAGCUCAACCUGAGAGACAAGUGGGACAGCACACCGCUGUACUACGCUUGUCUGUGUGGGCACAAGGAUGUUGUUCAGUACCUGUUAGAAAAUGGUGCGCGGUGUGAAGCUAACACAUUUGACGGUGAACGCUGUUUGUACGGAGCUUUAAACAAUGAAAUCCGGAAUCUUCUCAGAUCCUUCAACAUGGUGUCCUCUAAAACGCUCCGCCGAGAUCUGUAUGAGGAAUUUCUACGCAGACUUUUAGAAAUGGGAAUGCAUGAGGAUGUUACAUUUCAUGUCUACGGAGAAAAAAUCCCUGCCCACCGAUGUAUCCUUAGUGCUCGAUGUCCAUAUUUUGCUGAGUCAUUCCGAACUCGCUGGAAGAACAGGACAGAUAUCAUAAUCAAACACAAACUGGUGGUACCAUGGGCCUUCAGGUCACUCCUGCAGUACAUCUACACAGGGCGGUUGGAAACCCAUGUAGACAGUGUGGAGGACUGUAAGAGACUGGCUCGUCAGUGUCAGCUGCCGGACCUCAUCAAGGAAAUAGAGGAGGCCUACAAAAAACAGAGCUCUUACGAAAUGCAGAAACCAGGAGUAAACAUCACCAACAUCCUGAUUGAGAGGUCAGAAGAUUCACUUGACCUUCAGUUUGACCUAGGGCGACUUGCUGACCUUGCUCUACCUCGGGAGCUGUCUACAUUUGUUCAGGGGGAGCUCCCAUUUGAACCAGAAUACGCCUCCUUUUACCCAGACAUCUGUUUCUGUGUCGAGGGACACAAAUUUCUCUGUCACAAGGUGUUUUUCUGUGGUAGAAGUGACUACUUUAAGGCGCUGCUGAUCGACCAUUUUGGGGAGAGCGAGGUUUCUGACAGCAACGUCCCCCAGAUGACCCUUAAUGACAUUUCCUGUGACAUAUUUACCCAGAUAAUGUACUACAUUUAUCAGGACUCGUGUGAGCUGUCUGAGAACACUGUUUAUGAUGUCCUGUGGUUUGCCGACCUUUAUAUGUUACCGGGUCUUAAGAGACAGUGUGCCAACUGCAUCAGUAAAUUUAUCAACUCCAGUAACGUUCUACAAAUCCUACGAUCAGCGCGACUGUUUAACCAGGCAAGGCUAGAGGACCAGUGUUCCGAAUUUAUUGCCAUCAAUCUGGAAAAUUUCGUUCACAGGGAGGACUUUGCUCAGCUGGUGAGGGAAGACGCGUCCGAAAUCAAAGGGAGACAAGAAACGGACUCCAUCGGAAUCAUCGACGACAUCCGCUUCCACAUCACUAACUUUGUACAAACCUACAGCGAAAUGGAGGAAGCCAACGAACAGUUACGCCUGGUCGACGACCUGUUGGAGGACCUUAAUUUGGACGGAUAAACACAGUCACUCAUGAAUGAUUAGUAUAAACAGGGAUGGACUACACAGGAGAACAUGGAUUAGGAUGGAUAACAGUCAUGCCAAAUAUCUCAUAUGAAAUGAUGAUGAGUGACACAGUAAAACAUGAAUGCUUAGUUAUAAUCUGGAUAGAUAAAUGUCACACGUGAAUGAUCAGUUUGAAUUAAGCUGGGUGAAUGAUCACAGUUAUGCUUGAAUGCUCAGUCCAGGAGAAUUUUGAUCUCAAAAAAUAAACAAUAUGGUGCAUGUAGGGUUUAACACAAUAUGAGUGACGAACCAAAAAGGGGAAAAUAAAUAAAUGAGAAAUAGAUAAUAA